GGGCGAACACAAAACAGACCAGCCACAGUCAAGAAUCUCAGCAGUGGGAGGAGAAGAAGAAGAAGAAGAAGAAGAAGAAACGGGCUCUCGGGCUGUGGGGGGUGAGUGACUGACGGACGGGUUGAACGUUUUUGUUCCGCUGGUGGAUCCUGCUUGAACGGUGAGCAGGAGGCACAACAACCCGAACCAGAGCAGCCCGACCCGCAGCAUCCAGCCACGGACGGAAAGAGCCCGGAGGAGAGGGUCAUUCGGGAUCGGAACUAAGGAGCUUUUGUUUCUCUCUCAACUCCUGCGGGUUUGGGGGCUCCAGCAGCGGCGGCGGAGACGAUCCCGCUCGCCCAGGGAAGGAGGCUGGAAGUCGGGGACGCUUCCAGCCUGAAGGGCCGGGCGCCGUGGCGAUUGAGCAUCGGGACUUUGGUGAACCCUUUGUGGCUCAGUGGAUGGGAUGGAGCCGGGACCAUCUGGCGCUGUGCCCAUCGGGCCGUACCCCCCACCCCUGCAGCAGGUGUUCCAGGCGCCCCGCAGGCCGGGCAUGGGCACCGUCGGCAAACCCAUCAAGCUGCUUGCCAACUACUUUGAGGUGGAGAUCCCAAAAAUGGAUGUGUACCACUAUGAAGUGGACAUCAAACCUGAUAAGUGUCCUCGGAGGGUCAACAGGGAGGUUGUGGAAUACAUGGUCCAACAUUUCAAACCACAGCUCUUUGGUGACCGAAAGCCAGUGUACGAUGGGAAGAAGAAUAUCUACACUGUUUUAGCGUUACCUAUAGGCAGCGAAAAGGUUGACUUCGAGGUGACCAUCCCUGGAGAAGGGAAAGAUCGCAUCUUUAAAGUGUCCAUUCGUUGGCUGGCCAAGGUGUCGUGGAGGCUGCUGCAGGAGACGCUGGUCAGCGGACGUCUACAGGUCCCGCUGGACUCUGUCCAAGCCCUCGAUGUGGCCAUGAGACACCUGGCCUCCAUGAGGUACACUCCAGUGGGACGCUCCUUCUUUUCCCCUCCUGAAGGAUACUACCAUCCUCUGGGUGGAGGCAGAGAGGUAUGGUUCGGCUUCCAUCAGUCUGUUCGGCCAGCCAUGUGGAAGAUGAUGCUCAACAUUGAUGUAUCUGCAACAGCCUUUUAUAAAGCUCAGCCUGUCAUUGAGUUCAUGUGUGAAGUUCUGGACAUCCGCAACAUUGACGAGCAGCCGAAGACACUUACCGACUCACAAAGGGUCCGUUUCACCAAGGAGAUCAAAGGUGGGCAUUUUCAAGGUCUGAAGGUGGAGGUCACGCACUGUGGUCAAAUGAAAAGGAAGUACCGUGUCUGUAACGUCACGCGUCGCCCUGCUAGUCACCAAACGUUUCCCCUGCAGCUUGAAAGCGGACAGACUGUAGAAUGUACCGUAGCUCAAUACUUCAAGCAGAAGUACAACCUGCAGCUCAAAUACCCCCACCUGCCCUGUCUACAGGUGGGCCAGGAGCAGAAACACACCUACCUGCCCCUGGAGGUGUGUAACAUUGUAGCAGGGCAGCGGUGCAUCAAGAAACUGACAGAUAAUCAAACAUCCACCAUGAUCAAAGCCACGGCACGAUCAGCACCAGACAGACAGGAGGAGAUCAGCAGACUGAUGAAGAACGCUAACUUUAAUCUGGAUCCCUACAUUCAAGAGUUUGGAAUCAAAGUGAAGGACGACAUGGCCGAGGUGACCGGGAGAGUCCUUCCAGCUCCUAUCCUGCAGUACGGUGGUCGGAAUCGUGCCAUCGCGACUCCCAACCAGGGUGUGUGGGAUAUGAGGGGAAAGCAGUUCUACAACGGCAUUGAGAUCAAAGUUUGGGCCAUCGCUUGCUUUGCUCCGCAGAAACAGUGUCGGGAAGAGGUUCUCAAGAACUUCACCGACCAGCUGCGUAAGAUCUCAAAGGACGCUGGGAUGCCCAUCCAGGGUCAGCCGUGUUUCUGUAAGUACGCACAGGGAGCCGACAGCGUGGAGCCCAUGUUCAGACACCUGAAGAACACCUACUCCGGACUGCAGCUCAUCAUUGUCAUCCUUCCAGGAAAAACACCCGUCUAUGCGGAAGUGAAGCGUGUUGGAGACACUCUUCUAGGAAUGGCCACUCAGUGUGUGCAGGUGAAGAACGUGGUGAAAACCUCCCCUCAGACGCUCUCCAACCUCUGCCUCAAAAUCAACGUCAAACUCGGUGGCAUCAACAACAUCCUGGUGCCGCAUCAACGGUCUGCAGUGUUCCAGCAGCCCGUGAUCUUCCUCGGAGCAGAUGUUACUCACCCACCGGCUGGUGAUGGGAAGAAGCCGUCUAUCACUGCUGUGGUGGGCAGUAUGGACGCUCAUCCCAGCAGGUACUGUGCUACAGUACGAGUACAGCGACCCAGGCAGGAGAUUAUUGAAGACCUCUCGUACAUGGUGCGAGAAUUACUCAUCCAGUUCUACAAGUCAACCCGCUUCAAACCCACGAGAAUCAUCUUCUACAGGGACGGUGUUCCAGAAGGACAGUUACCACAAAUCCUGCACUAUGAGCUGCUGGCCAUCAGAGACGCCUGCAUCAAGCUGGAGAAAGACUACCAGCCGGGAAUCACAUACAUAGUAGUGCAAAAACGCCACCACACCCGCCUCUUCUGCGCUGAUAAAUCUGAACGAAUCGGGAAGAGCGGGAACAUUCCUGCAGGAACCACGGUUGACACCAGCAUCACGCAUCCAUUCGAGUUUGAUUUCUACCUGUGCAGUCAUGCAGGUAUUCAGGGCACCAGCCGGCCCUCACACUACUACGUCCUGUGGGACGACAAUCGCUUUACGGCUGACGAGCUGCAGAUUCUCACCUACCAGCUGUGCCACACCUACGUGCGCUGCACCCGCUCCGUGUCCAUUCCAGCGCCUGCGUACUACGCCCGGCUUGUGGCUUUCCGAGCCCGCUACCAUCUGGUGGAUAAGGAACAUGACAGCGGGGAGGGCAGCCACGUCUCCGGGCAGAGUAACGGCCGGGAUCCACAGGCGCUGGCCAAAGCAGUGCAGAUUCACCACGACACCCUGAGGACCAUGUACUUUGCCUAAGCAAAGCUUCUCUGCCACACCUCAUCGGGCCGGAGGGCUUCGGACCGCCACACUCCCCUCGAGCCAGUUCACCUGGUGCUACCAGUCCAGUGAAGCCCACAGAAGCGAACAUGGAGUCUCACUCUUUGUGUUUUGUUGAGUCUGGCUGAACUAUGCUCUUUUUUUAUUUAAUUGUGUAUUAUUGUAUACUACCUUCGCACUCCCACAUGUACGUAUGUAUGCAAUACGGAGGGAAGGAACGCAGACGAACCUGUCGUUUUAUACGUCACCACAAAGCUGCCUCUUAACCUGUCCGUCUGGGCGAUGCCAGAGUUCAAACGCCCUAAGUGGAGCAGUUGUUGUUAUUUCCUUUGGCAUUAUUUUUAUUGUUGUGAAAUUUUCUUUAUAAUUUUUAUUUUUGUGAAAAUUCAUGGUACAUUAGCACUUAGUUUUAGUUGAAGAACACCGCGAGCCCAGCGUUUACGUGUUGUCUGUGAAGCAAAAGAAGUGCAGGCAGUGAUCAACUGUAGCAGAUGCAGGUGUCUCUCCAGCGGUCGCAGCGGUGUCAGAUGAUCAGAUUUAGACUCGCCUCGUUAGUUAAAGAGUGGCCGAAUUAGCGUAACUAUAGAUGGACCACUGAGUGCAUUCCCUGCACUUGCACUCUCACAUCAGCAUAACACCGAAACCAGCAUUAUGCACCAGCCAAACAUGAUGCCAACCGUUCAAAAGGGCCCUCGUCUGUGCGUUUUUCUGCACUUGAUUCCUCUACGCUCUUCUGGAAAAGGAUGAUUUUGCUCAGUUUUUCUUUUCACUUCCAGUUCACAUAAAUCUUCUUGAUCUUACAGGAAUAGUUCACCCAACAAUGACAAUUUUUUUUCAUCAUUUACUCACCCUCGUGUAUUUGCAAACCCUGGAUUAUUUUCUUUCUUCCAUGAAACACAACAUGUGCUCUUUUCAGUACAACACUAGUAGAGGGUGAUUAAUGCUGUAAAGCUCCAAAAAGGACAAAAAGCACCAAUGCGUGUAUCGUAAAACUAGUCUGCAUGACUUCCGUGCUACAGUUCAAGUGCUCUGAAGUCAUAUUUUAGCUAUGUGUAAGAAAAAGACCCAGAUUUGAAUUAUUAUUUACUAUUUUUUAACUUAGGUUCUUGUGUUUCACAAGGCCAUUUAAAAUGUGGCUGCAAGUGAGAUUUGAGAGUUGCAAUGAAGAUGUUAAUCAGUUAAUAAAUCUAUCAUGUGAAUUCAGAAGACAGCACACAAAUAGUAUGGAUCACCAUCCACUUUUGUUGUACAGAAAACUGUGUGUGUGUGCGUAUAUGUGUGUAUAUAUAUAUAUAUAUAUAUAUAUAUAUAAUACAUACAUACAUACGGUAUAUAUACGGUGUAUGUAUACACACACACACACACACACACACAUAUAUAUAUAUAUAUAUAUAUAUAUAUUUGUACAUGUAUAUACAGUGUGUAUAUAUAUAUAUAUACAUACACACACAUACAUACACAUUUACAUAUAUAUAAAUAUAUAUAUUUUUAUAUAUGUAUGUGUUUGUUUGUGUAUGUAUGUACUGUGUGUAUAUAUAUAUAUAUAUAUAUAUAUAUAUAAAUAACACAGAUAUAUAAAUAUGUGUUAUAAUGUAAAUAAUGAGGGUUUGGACGUGUUUGUGUAGAUUUUUCUUUUUGGGUGAACUUUUCUUUUAAAACGUUUCUUCCACUGACCUCUGUAAGCGAAGCAAUACAAGGUCACUGAGAGCAGAUAGAAAAACACACGGCACGUUUAAGAUGGCUAGAAGAGAAUGAGAUGCGUUUGUCUCUAACAAGAAAUCAAACAACGCAGGAAUACCUGUUUGUAUAUAGUGACCCACUGCUCUCUGAAGGCUGUUGGGUCACAUCACUACACUCUUCCACCCGCCAUAGUCGGUAACACUGCCACAUUUCCUACCCAACAAGCACAUUUAACUCAUGCACACACACACACACACACACACACACACACUUGCCAGUAUCAUUGCACCUUUUACCCUCGCCUGACGCCCGUUGGUGCAGUGAGCAUGUGGGCAUGCAGGAAAACGCAGGUUAGGGAAACAUUAUGCCAUGUAAUCAUGCCAUAUGGUGGAUGUAUGAAAUGCAUGUUUAAACUGAGUUUGUGUCGUAACCGGAGCCUCUUAGUAAUCAUGUUAAGAUUGUGCCCGUACUAACAUUUCUCACCUGUUGUGAAAGGAAUAGUCCGGACAAAAAUGAAAAUUCAGUCAUUACUCAAACUUAUUAUGUCAUUCCAUAUCUGGAUACUGACAUUUUUCCCAUAGUUCCAGUCAAUAACAGUUCAUCGGGUGAAUAAAUAAUGACAGAAUUUUCAUUUUUUGGUGAACUGUCUCUUUAAGGAAACCUAAAAAGUGGCAUAGAAUCUCCACAAGGCGGCAUUGUUGGAAGACGCCUCAACUCGCCUCAAAGCGCCUAAAAUGGUCUGUUGUUGAAAUUCAAAGGGAUUUUUAGAUGUAACGCUUGACCAUGUUUUAUUUUAACUCAUGUUUAUGAAAUGUAUACAAAGACAUGCCUUUAUAUAUUAGGUUUUACCAACCCAACGAGGUGAUUUUUAGCGAUCCCCACUGUAUGAUAUUGAUCUGGUCUGUCCUAGACUAAAUAUUCUGAUGCAGUACUUGACUCUCAAAAGCCACAGGCACCUCGUGGGUGAAGAACAAGAUGGAGGUGCGUAACGGCCUAAUUGGAGAGUGAACUUCACCCGACCUCAAUGUCUAAGCAAUAUUAAGCCACUGAUAAAGAACAGUCCGUAUCAUAGCACUUCCCAAUAGAUUCAGUGAAUGAACACAUAAGCAAGUCAUUUUGGCUCUGUAUGUAAUAGUGAGAGGACUUUGUUCGGGAUGAUUAUUUUUUAAAGAAAAUAAAAGUUGUUUUUUAUUAAA